AUGCUUAUCAUGUUGGUGAUAAAGGUCAAUCCCCAUCUUCAAUCACCCAUGCGCUUCUUUCUGUCCCAUUUAUCCUUUGUUGAUAUCUGCUAUUCCUCCACCAUUGUCCCCAAGAUGCUGGAAAACUUCCUAACAGAGAAGAAAACCAUUUCUGCCAAUGGCUGCAUUAACCAAAUGUUCUUUAUUAUUUUGUCAUCUGGUGCUGAAAUUUUCACUUUUGCAGCUAUGGCUUAUGACCGAUAUGCUGCCAUAUGCGACCCACUGCAUUAUACAGAAACAAUGAAGAAACGACUCUGCCAACAGCUAGUGAUGGGUGCAUGGAUCAUUGGAUUUAUAGAUACUCUGGUAAAUAUUAUUCCUCUGCUAAAAUUGCACUUCUGUGGUCCCAGUGAAAUCAACCAUUUCACCUGUGAGCUCCCUUCACUCUUGGUAUUGUCCUGCACUGAGACCUUCAGCAAUGAAGUGGUGCUCCUUUCCUCCAUUGCAAUAUUUGGAUCCAGCUCCUUCCUGCUCACACUGGUCUCCUAUAUUCACAUAAUUGCCACCAUCUUGAGAAUACACUCCAUGGAGGGCAGGCGUAAAGCCUUCUCCACCUGCAGCUCCCACCUUCUCAUCGUCAUUUUAUACUUUGGGACAGGUUCCUUUCGAUAUAUUAACCUCACUAGUAAGCAGCUUCAAGAAAAGAACUUAAACAUACAUUUUGCUAUUCAAAAACUGAAGCAAACUAAAACUAUUCUGGAGGAAUUCAGAAGUGAUGAAGGGUUCGAAAGAACACUGGGAUAUUCUCUAAAGCUUGCUGAAGAAAUAGACUUUCUGGCAGAAUUUGAACCAGAACCAGUUUGCAUUCGGCAAAAGAAACACCAGUUUUCAUAUGAAGGAUGA